CCAUCGAUAGAGCCAUCGAUAUUUUUCCAUUUCUACUGUUCCCACUUAAAAACAGCAGCCGUUUGUAGUGCAUAAUUCUUUGUGAUAUUUUGUGUUUUAGCAAUAACAAACAAUGCCAGAGCCACGCAGUCCCAUGGAAAGGUUUUCCCAGUCGGUUCACAACAUCAUCGAUGGGCCAGUUACAUGGUUCAGAGAGUCGAUUGUGGAACCAAAUCAAAAGAAACAAGCGUGGUACCACCAAAGCUUUCGUCGAGUACCAACAAUAGAUGAAUGCUACACUGAUGAUGCUGUUUGCCGCUUUGAAGCUGACCAACAAUUCCGACGCGAUCGAAUGGUGGAAAAUGAAAUUCUAUCAAUCUUACGCCAACGCUUUGAAGAUUGUAUUUUGUAUGAAGCACCCGAUCACAUGAAAAAAUGCAAGCCAAUUUUGGAGCAAUACGAAAAGGCUGCUGAAAAUUGGUUUAUUAAAUAUGGCGAUUUAGGAGGCUACGCUAAUGCUAAAAGUGCAUAUAUGAAACAAAAGCAUCGUUUGAUCUGGGAGCGUCGCCAUGGACCUGUUGGCAGUGGUAUGAAAUCGGAAGAAUCGCCAGCAAACUCUGUUGCCGAAGAAGAGUAACCCUGCCGCUACAAUAACAUGGGAAAAAUUUGGAUCCAAUUUAUAUUAACUAUUUAAGUUGAUAUAACCAUCUGUAAAUGGUAACUUGUAGAUUGAAUUGAAACUAGAGCUGAUACUUGAUGAAUUAAUUAAAUGAGCAUGCUACUUUUAAGACUAAA